AACACAAAAUACUUUUAAAAUGGUGGCAAAAGAUGGCAAAAAGGAGACUACAUCCAAUGAAGACAAGAAAAAGAAUAUUAUAAAUCAGAAGAAUGAUGUAAAUGAGGAGAAAGCGGGUAACAAAACAAGUGACGAAAUUCGAUCAGAAGAAACCGAUGAGAAGAAUAGGACAGAAGAUGAAACAGCGACUGAAGAAGAUAAAGAAAUUUUGAGAGACAUGAAGGAGAAGUUUGUACGCAAAACAAAUUCAAAGAAAUUUGACUCAAAGAGUGCAAUAGCACUAGAGAAAGAAUUAGUUUUUGAUUUUCUGCCAUCUGAAAUCGACGGAGGAGAAUCUUCUGAAGAGGAUACGGAUGACAUUCGUAUACACAAUGAGAGAGAAGAAAUCGGAUUUACACAAAAUAUGGCAGCGGUAUUCAUAGUCAGCUCUGUUACUGGCAGUGGAAUCGUAAGUUUGCCAUAUGCACUCAUGUUAUCGGAUUGGAUGGGUAUUUUUUUCUUGUUAUUGAGUGGAAUAAAUGCUCUGUAUUCUGGAAUCUGUCUUGGGCGAUGCUGGUUAAUUCUAGAAGAACGAUGGUCAGAAUACAAAAUGGACUAUAGAUCACCCUAUCCUGCUAUUGGCUUUAGAGCAUUAGGGGAAUUUACAAAGUAUGUUGUUAUGAUGUGUAUGGAUAUCUCUAUGUGUGGAAGUUGCAUAGUUUAUGUACUCAUGAUGGCAGCUCUAAUGGAUGAAAUAUGGCCUGCAUACAUAUUAUUUUGUUACUUUGUAGUUAUUUUGGUAAUUCUGCUGACGCCUUUUACCUGGUUUGGGAAACCACGUAAUUUUCGUUUCCUGGCAGUAAUUGAUGUCAUUUGCUCUGCGGCCUUUGUUAUCUUGUUUACGAUUGCCCUUUUCUACGAUAAAGAAAUUAUUGCUGGAGUUCAUUAUAAGGAGACUGUAGGUGUUACAAAGUCAGAUGUUUACCUGUCUUUUGGAAUCAUGCUAUUCUCUUACGGAGCCGGAGCUUAUCUUCCUACCAUCCAAAAUGAUAUGAAAAAUAGGAAAGAAUUUCCAUAUUCGGUAUCAACAGCUUAUCUAGUUGUUUUCGUCCUGUACGUGCCACUGGCAGUUAUUGGAUACGCUGCUUAUGGAAUUAGUACUUUCUCUGUUAUCAUUCACAACGUUGCUCGGAAUUCGGAUCUGACCUUACUGGCGCAUGGCUUGAGGAUUAUAUUCAAUGUGCAGCUCUUCACAACUUUCGUAAUUACUUUCAACCCAAUAGCUCAGAAUUGGGAAAAUCUCUUAAGCUUACCAAAAACAUUUGGAUGCAAGAGGUGUGCAUUUAGAGGAGGUUUAAUAUUCAUCAUCUUCAUGGUGACAUUUAGUAUUCCAUACUUCAGGAGAAUUAUAGAGCUGAUGGCCGCUAUAACAACGAAUCUCUUGACCUAUGUCUUUCCGCCUGUCUUUUAUAUAUCUCUCGCGUUUCAGAAUGAUCCAAAGCAUCCAAGAAGGAGAAUAAGUAAAAAAGAGUGGAUUUUGUUGAUUGAAGUUCUUGUCAUUGGAGUCAUAAGCAUCCUCGCUUGCUCUUACUUGGCAAUUGUAAGGAUACUCACGAAUGCACCUCACACAACAUCAUGCUUUGGAUACAUUGGAACUAUAACAGAACAUGCCGGAUAUUUCCUGACCGAAAUUGUUUAACUUCUGAACAACUUGCGAAAUCAUCGCUCUGAAAUGAGGGGAAAAAAAGUGUUUUCUCUUCGUUUUAAAGUGCACCUAACACCGUUUAGUUUAAGGUCAAAUUUUCGUUGAAUGACUUUAAGCAUUUACUACUGUGAAAGUUUCAUCUUAAUGCAGCUUUAAGUACUUGGAACUGUCACAUCUUCUAAUGAUGACAACUAAAUGAACUGGCACUUAAA